GGAGGUCCUUGGAUGGGCAAACCACGACCCUUGGCACACCCCGAGGUAGACGAGGUACAAUACAACCUCCACCAGCGGCUGCUGAACCUGGAGCCCGUGGUACUGCAGCACUCCCUGCGCGUGUCCAAGAUGGCCCAGUGGACUACGGAGGAGAGCUACCGCAAGACGUACGAAGCUGCUGGGAGGAUAGACUCCUUGGCUGAAGACCUGGACAAGCUCGCCAAACAUGUCCGUCCGGUAGCUCCUAACUGCGUCGACUUCAAGAGGCUCAAGAAGGCAAAGCAGUAUUUCGAAAAAACCUCAGAAGACAUGUACGUUUGCACUCACUCGCUCAGCGACAUCGCGGCCUCCUUCGAGGUAGAGAUGACGGAGAAGAUAGUCGCCGCCAGAGCUCAGAUCAUGGACAUCAAACAAGCAAUGUGGUUCUGCCAAAAAUACCAACCGGAGAUUGACCAAGAGUGUCUACAACGUCUAAACAGAGAGGGUGAGCUGGUCUUGGCUAAGCUGCCAGAGAGAGCGCGCAUGGUGGAGGACAAGGCCAGGGCUGCGCGGAUGAUGGCUCUGGAGAAACAGGAGGAUUGUCUGGUCGAGGCCAUCAGCGCGGCGGAGGAAUGUCACCUCGAGGAGACCGAGGCAAUCACGGAGUGCUACCAGAAGUCUCAGGAAGUGGAAAGCGAGAGUCAAAAAUGAGAGUUUGGGAGUGGCGAAUUCUUAGAUAGGGUUUGGGAUUGUUGGAAAGCAGAGUCGGAAACUGAUGAUGCAAGGUAGGGAUCGAUGGGAAGAUUUCUGAAGUUCAGAGUCUUUAGAGGGAUUAAAUAUAAUGAGGUAAAUUAACUACACCACUAUCAAGAAGUUUACCAAUUCUAUGACACCAAGUUUGUAUGUAGAAAUAAUUCUGAAAUUAUUCUGAAAAAUACAAUGAGUCUCAAAAUAUAAGGGAAAACGUGCCGUAUCCAAAAGCCAAUGGUCUCGGGAUUGGUGACAAACUGUAGUGUAUUGUACAGUUACUUAUACAAUGAAUCU